AUGAAGUCAAUUUUUUGUAUAUUCUCUUUGAUCACUUAUAUUGUUGCUUUUCCAGCAAAAGACUCUCUUCAAAGUCUCGAGAGCCUUGAGAGCAGGCAGAGCUGCUCUCUGAACCCGACAAAUCCAUCCACUUACUGGUAUGAAACCAUCACUCACAAUGGAAUCUCGCCUUUUAUCCCCUCAGGGUCUUCCUGGCCUGUAUUCCGCAACGUGAAGUCAUCAACCUAUGGCGCCAAGGGUGAUGGCUCGACCGAUGACUCUGCUGCCAUCCAGAAGGCCAUCAAUGCGGGCAAUAGCUUCGCUGACAGGACCACCAACUCCCUAGGCACUACCGGCCAGCCAGCCGUUGUGUAUCUGCCUGCCGGAACAUAUCUCUUCACAAAACCUAUCCAGCUUUACGUCGGUACUGUUCUGAUGGGCGAUCCUAUCAAUCCUCCUACCAUCAAAGUCAGUUCGGGGUUCAGCGGUAGCUUUGUGAUUUAUGGAAAAGAUCCUCAUCAGGACGCCACCACCAACUUUUACAUCGGCAUUAAAAACAUCAUCAUUGAUUCUACGGCUUUCAACAAAGAUACCAGCCUCACGCUUUUGGACUGGAGUAUAUCCCAGGCUGUACAGCUGAGCAAUGUGGUAUUCCAGAUGCCUUAUGAUUCCAAGGGGCACACUGGACUGUCAAUGCCUGAAGGUGGCUCUCCUAUCAUUAUCAAUGAUUGCACUUUCCAUGGGGGUGUUGUUGGCAUCAACAUGAGCACACAGCAAUAUCACCUUGUCAGGCUAACAUUCAAUGGUUGUACUACCGGAAUCAAGGUCAAUGGCGUUAAGGACUUGGUGGUGCAGGGCGCUUACUUCACCCUUUGUGGUGUAGCAAUUGAUACCACGGAAUAUAACGACAUUGGUUUUGUUGCUGUAAUAGAUUCGAAGGUGGACAACACCGGGGCUCUUAUCAGUACCACCUCUUCUUCCACAGGUCAGGAUUCUAUUGUGUUAGAGAACGUACAGGUUGAUAGUACAGUGUCAUCGACUGUCACCGCAAGUGGAAAUACGAUCCUCACGGGCAGUGUUCCCGCUAAUCAAGCCUGGGUCUACGGUAACUCGUACACAGUUGGAGGGCCCAGCACGGGUGCCCACCAGUCGGGGACAAAGUAUUCCACCGUUCGAUCCAGCGCCUUGAUAGAUGGCUCCGGCAAUUUCCGCAGUGUGAAGCCCCCAACCUAUAAGGAGUACGAUGUCAGCCAAUUCGUGAAUGUUAAAAGCGUAUCGGGAUUCCCUGUUGCUGGAGACGGCAGCACCGAUGAUACGGCCAACCUGCAACACAUUAUCACCGCGAAUGCGGGCUGCAAGAUCUUGUUCUUCCCACAAGGAACCUAUCGAGUGACCGACACUCUCUUCUUCCCUGUUGGUAGUCGAGUCUUUGGUGAAGGCUGGUCCGCCAUCAGCGCAUACGGAUCGAAGUUCUGGGAUCCUACAAAGCCCAUCCCGAUGGUCAAGGUCGGCAACGCGGGUGAUGUUGGCAUUGCUCAAUUCUCAGAUAUGCUGCUUACGGUUGGAGACGUGCUUCAAGGCUGUACGCUGCUGGAAGGUGGAAAUGGCCAAGUCAUUUCUGUUGGUCGAGGCAUGCUCGUUGAGGCAACAAAGGGAACAUGGCUACUAGGAAUAGGUUCAGAACACAACACCCUGUAUCAAGCCAACUUCCAAAGCGCGCAGAAUGUAUUCCUUGGUUUCCAACAAAGCGAAACUGCUUACUGGCAAGACUUCAGUUGGUGUGGCGGUGGAGACGCCCAGUGUCGAAUGGGCUUAUACCAGCGCAUCAGCGGAUCAUCAGCGCUCAGUUUCUACGGCGCCGGCUUCUGGACCUUCUUCAAUAACGGCAAUGGCUGCAGUGGCGAUUGUCAGACAAACGGUAUUUUGAUUGACAACACUCAUGGCCUGUAUUACUUCGGGAUCAACACGCAUCUGGUCAGCACCAUGGUUCGGAAUAAUGGUGUCGCCCUAGUUCAGAAGAGCAACAAUCCUGGCGGCUGGGGCGGUGGUGUUGCUGCGUUCCUUACUGGUUCUCAGUGA